CCUCUUCCUCUUCCCCAAUCUUCAUCCAUCGUGACCAUGCCCUCCCAGCUUUCUCUCCCAACACUAGACAAACUCCGGGGUGUUGUUCCUCAAGACCUCGAUGCCAACAAAGUAGCAGAAGAAUGGUUCGCGUCUUUCGCAGCAAACAUGCAAGAUGGGAACGUCGAUAACAUCAUCAACCUCCUCGUAGACGACGCAUUCUGGCGCGACAUGUUCACACUCACAUGGAACUUGCGGACAUUCCAGUCCACUCCCAUUAUCAAAAAGUUCCUUAUCGAUCAGCUUGCCACUUUCAAAGUCUCGUCGUUCAAGCUCAGGAAAGAUCUCGUCGCUUUGGAACAGCCCUACCCGGACUUGGCAUGGAUCCAGGGUCUCUUUGAUUUUGAAACCCACGUAGGCAUUGCUUCAGGUGUAUUCAGGCUCGUCCCAUUGCCAGACGGCACUUGGAAAGCACACACGGUCCUCACGAACUUGGAAGAUCUGAAGGGCUUCCCAGAAAAGAUCGGAUUCCUACGCAACUUCCUCCCUAACCACGGUAAAUGGGCUGAGCAACGUGCGCGCGAAAAAGAGUUUACCGAUGCGGAGCCUCAGGUCCUCGUGCUCGGUGGUGGUCAGAGUGGUCUUGAAAUUGCGGCACGACUGAAAGCGCUUGGUUUGAGUGCUCUCGUUAUAGAGAAGAACGAGAGGAUAGGGGACAAUUGGAGGAAGCGUUAUGAGGCUUUGUGUCUUCACGAUCCAGUUUGGUAUGACCAUAUGCCAUACAUCCCCUUCCCACCGACUUGGCCUGUAUACACGCCUGCAUUGAAACUGGCAGAUUGGCUCGAAUCCUACGCCCAUUCUCUCGAACUCAACGUCUGGACUUCAUCCCUCGUCACCGCCGUCGUUCCACUCUCGUCCUCCAAGUACAAAUGGCGCGUGAAUGUGAAGCGCGCUGAUGGGAGCGAACGAGUAUUCGAGGUCAACCAUGUCGUGUUCUGCUUGGGAAUGGGGGGCAGCAUUCCUCGUAUGCCGACGUACCCUGGCAUGGACGAGUACAAAGGGCAGGUCCUACAUUCAAUUUCUCAUGGAAAGGCUCUCGAUCACGUAGGGAAGAAGGUCGUAGUCGUCGGUUCAUGUACAUCUGCACAUGAUAUCUGCGCUGAUUACUACGAACAUGGAAUUGACAUCACCAUGUGCCAACGUAGUCCUACGUACAUCAUGACUACGAAAGAAGGAGGUCCAAGGCUAUUCGCCUUGUUCUGGGAAGGCAGUCCACCCACAGAUAUCGCUGACAGAAUCAACGCGUCAUACCCAAACCACCUCCUCAAGCUGAUGCACCAGCGCGUAUCCAGGGACAUCGCCGAAGCAGACAAAGAACUGCUGGACGGUCUGCGUGCGCGCGGAUUCAAGCUCAGCAUGGGCGACGAAGGCUCUGGAUGCCUCAUCCUGGCCUGGACCAAGGCUGGAGGGUACUACCUCGAUGUCGGCGCCUCGCAACUCAUCGCUGACGGCAAGAUCAAACUCAAAGCCGACAGUCCCAUGUCGCGAUUCACCCCGUCUGGCCUCGAAUUCGAGGACGGCUCCACGAUCGAUGCAGAUGUGGUCAUCUUCGCGACUGGAUACUCCGACGCCCGCUCCGCCUACCGCCAAAUCCUCGGCGACGAGCUCGGUGAGAAGCUGAACCCGAUCUGGGGCCUCGACGCAGAGGGCGAGCUGCAGUCUACAUGGCGCGAGGUGGGUGCUGGGCUUGAAGGGAUCUGGUGCAUGAUGGGCAACCUCGCGUUAUGCAGAUUCCACUCUAAACACCUCGCCCUUCGUACGUUCCCUCCCCUCAUGCUCAUCCUCACCCAUCCGCAAUAAACACGAUGCUAAUGCUGAUACGCCUCUCCCCUCCUUUUUUUGUGAGCAGAAAUCAAAGCCAAAGAGGAAGGCAUCUACGGCACGAAAUACUAGAAGAGGAAAAAAAAAAAAAAGCGCAUGGCAUACCCCCUGGCCUUUCCUCAACUUUCAUCCAUAACUUCACUCUUGAACGCGAACACGGUGAUGAAGGCUAGUAACAAACUCGAGAGGGUAUAGAGCAAAGAUAAAGAUGCCAGUGUCAUGACAAGGGAUGAAGUCUAAAAAAUGCGUGUAUGGUUUUCUUUUUGGAUUAUAUGUGUGUCAAGUUCUUCUUUGUCUUUUCUUUCUUGUUCUUGUGUUUUCAUGUAACUGCCACUGUCACUGUAAACUUCAUUGAGGGCCCAAUUUAUCUGCUUGUAAAA